UGCAGAACAAAAACAUUGUGUGUGAGAAGCUUCACCAUGAUGGAGCUCACCUGUGCCGUGCUUCUGAUAUCAGCGAGCUUAGUGACAGCUACCCCUUACGGAUAUGGGGUCAAGGGUGGGGCAGCGGCUAAAGCUGAAUCGAGUGCCGCUGCUGGUUCCUUUGGUGGCGUAGGUGACAUACCUGUGGCUAUACCGCUUGGAGCUAGCUAUUCAGGAAGUUUCUCAAAAUCAUCAUCGUCCAGUUCUUCUUCUUCAAGUGCUAGUUCAAGUUCAAGCUCUAGCUCUUUUAGCUACAGCGGCUCCGGAGCCAAUGGGCUCGGAUAUAAUGGCGGAGCACACGGAAAUGGAGGAUGCUCAUCUGGAUCCUGCCCGAACGCUGGGGGCAGUGGUGUAGCAGUUCCUCACGGUUCCUCUUCAGGCGCUAGUGGUGCUGGGCUAAAUGCUGGAGCACUUGGCAAUGGAGGAUGCUCUUCUGGAUCUUGUCCGAGUGCAGGAGAUAAUGGCGUAUCAGCCACCCAUGGUUCCACUUCAGGAGCCGCUGGUUAUGGUUUGAAUGGUGGAGCACAUGGCAAUGGAGGAUGCUCAUCCGGAUCCUGCUCGACUGGAGGAGAUAAUGCAGUAUCAAUUCCUCAUGGUUCCUCUUCAGGAUAUAAUACAGCUAAUGCCGCAGCUACAGCUGGAGCAGGAGCAGGAGCUUUAUCAGGACCCGGAUGUCAGGGACCUAGUUGUGAUGGCAGUUCUGAAAAAUGUACGUCUGGGCAGUGUAAACCUAAGUCUCCCAGCGGAAGUUCAACUGGUUCAGAUUCACACAAAUGUGCUUCGGGUCAGUGUGGAUCGGGCCUAGAAGGUGGUGUAUCUCAAGGAGACUAUGGUUCAAAUGAUAUUCGUGUUGUAACAGAUUCCGCUCAUGAUGCGAAAGACCAAUCCUCAAAUAUUGACAAAACCUCAUAUAAUGCUGCCAAUUCCGAUUGCUCCAACGGAAACUGCAAUACCGCUAGACCAUUAAGUUCAAAACCCAACUAUUAUGGUGCCGGAAACUCCAACCAAGGAUCCAGCGCUGCAAACAAUCAUCAACCAUCUAAUUCAAAUACUGGAGUAACCUCUCACUAUCAGAAACCAUCCACACAUUUGGAAACACCUAAGUUGAGUUCAAAGUGCAGCUCGGGAAACUGUCAUGCUGAACCAGCAGGACCAUCUGGUUCAUAUGACAGUUCACCUUCAAGUUAUAAUGUACCCAUUCAUGGAGCAUACAACAAUGGUGCGCAGAAACCGAUUUGUGAUGGUGGUAAAUGUGAUAACCAACCUAAAGGGCCAUAUUCUUCCCCAAAUACCAAUACAUUUACAACAGGCUACCAACAACAUUCACCUUCGGCAGACAAUUACGUGACGAAUGGUCCAUCUUAUAAUACUCCAAGCUCCAAUUGCGCUGGUUCAAACUGUUUUGGCUCGCCAGCAAAUCAAAAUUCGGGUGCGCCUACUUAUACCCCAACACCAGCUCCCCUUAAUUUUGGACAGCAACCUUCGAUUAAUUUACCGGGACACGCUGGUCACACGAAACCAACUGAUAUAAGUAAACCAUCAGCUGACAAACUUCCAGUAUAUACAGGAGGUUUUGGCGGCCCUGCUGGAGUAUUAAAUCCCAAUGAGUUUGAUGUAGCUGCACCUACAGCGACCGGACACCCAAGCCACGCUCAUGGAACUACGCCACAAAAUGGACAACCUUCAGGUAGUUAUCAAACUGGUUGCAAUUCGCCUAGCUGUUCUGGAUACCCCUCUGCUCCUGGAUCCGCUACUCCAUCAGGAUCGUAUGGUCACAAACCCAGUGGAUCAACACCUAAUGAUAAAUUACCAACAUAUACAGGUGGCUUCGGUGGACCCGCUGGCAUGCUUAAACCAAAUGACUAUGCUCACCCAGGCAGUUCAUCACAUAACACACAGUCGCCAGUGAACAACAAUGGCAUUACAGGAUGCAAAACUGGAAAUUGUGGCGCGUAUUCACCAAGCGCAGGUGCUACAACUGGGCCUAUAUCACCAGGAUACUCUGGUAGUACGAAACCGAAUACUGGCAUAAAUUCCAACGAAAAACUUCCAACGUAUACCGGAGGUUUCGGUGGACCAGAUGGAGUUUUUAAUCCCAAUAAAUAUGAUGCCCAUCAAACCGGUCCCACUAGCCCUGCUCAUACUCCCUCAGGAACUUAUAUCAACCCCACCUCUGGAGGCUGCACAACACCAAAUUGUUAUUCCCCUCAGGGCAGUUCUGCUUCAGCUAAUGCAAAUGCGCACCCCAUUGGUAUCAUAAAACCUGGUUCCGGUGCCCACCCCUCAACAGUGCCUUCAUACACCGGUGGUUACCAAAGUCCUUCUGUAGUAAACAAACCUAAUGAAAUCAGUGCAACCGUAUCGGGUCCGAACUAUACUCCUACACAGUCGCAAUCGACACCGGGAAGUCAUACAGGUGGAUGUAAAACUGGGAACUGUGGCGUUUACCCUGUCAGUGGAUCAUCAUCAGCAGACGCUUAUACGCAAUCCGGAUCGUUUGGAGUUACCAAGCCUGCAUACGCCAAUCCCGUGAAUUCACAAUAUACCGGAGGUUAUAAUGACCAGUCGGGUACACUCCAACCUCACCAACAUACACCAACUGCAGGCAGUGGUGCUGAGGGCUGCAAGACACCAAAUUGCGUCAGUUCACCCACGGCCACAGGUGUAGCUAUAUCUGGAGUUAAUACUCAAUCUGGGUCUAACUCUCAAACAGGAUCAUACGGAACCACAAAACCUAGCGGUCCCACCUACUCGGGUGGCUUUGGAGGGGCUCCAGGUAUAUUAAAUCCGAAUGAUUAUACUAUUCCUGCCGUAGGUGCCACACCCAAUAAUAAACCAACUGGCGUUUCAAAGCCUGCCGCUUGCACUUCUGGUAGUUGCAGUUCUCAACAUCCUCAAGGCUCUGCUUCACACUCUCAUAACGAUGCUUCCAAUACAGCUCACGCAACAGCUGCAGCUGAUGCUAAUGCUGUUGCGUACACUGGCGGAUUUGGAGGACCACCUGGCGUCCUUGAACCUUAUGAUGAUGGUAAAGGUGGAGCUAAACCUGCCCACGGUGGACAAUCUCACGGAUCUCACGCAGGCGGCUAUAGUUCUCCCAACGCAAACAUUAAUUCGGCUCACGGAACAGCUCCUGGAGCGAACAGUGGUAUAACGGGACCUGCCGGGGUUUCUGGAGCUCAUGGCAAUGGUGCUCAUGCUGGCAGUGCAGCAGGUGCGGCGGCGUUCGCAGGGGCUGCAGCCGGUGCUUCAGCUGGUUCCCACGGAUAUAACACACAUGGAUCAAGCUACAACCACGCGGGAAAUACAAAAGGAGGAAGUCCUUGUGGAGGAGGAUGCGGUGGUUCUACUGGCGGAGCUUAUAAUGGCGGUUUGAGCGGUGGCGCUCAUAACACAGGUUCAGGCUAUGAUUUCAGUGGCGGUCUCGGUUCUCCAAAGCUUGGUUACUCAGAUGGGCUGACGGGCUCGGGCAGUCUAUCAGCCGCCACGGCAAAGAGUCUGGCAGGCGCCAACGCCUUCGGUCUGGGAGGCAGCUUCGCCAGCAGCUCCGCCAGUGCGCAUGCUUCAGCUGGAGCCUACACUAAAGGAGGUUACGGAAAACGAUAAACACCGAAUUUAACUAAAGACGUACCUAUUAGAUUGUUAUGGAAACGAAGACUUAUUUAAUGUAACUUUUACUUUGUAAGUACGAUAGUCGAUAGAUAUUGUGAUAACGAUGUGAUAGAUAAUGGAAAAUUGUGUAAAGAAAUAAACGCUUUUCUUUUAUUAUACCACUCUCGUUUGUUCUAUGUGUGAAUUCAUAAAAAAAAACAAAUGUCAUCGGGAGAGUUCUGGUAUCGAUAUUGGAUCCGCUAUCGAUAUGCAAUGAAUGUAUGCUCAGUAAAGACUAUUAUUGUUAAAGCAUUAUAUGAAAAAGAAAUAAAAAAAAGAUAUAAAUUACAAA